GGGCGGUGGGGAGCUGCCCGCCGCCUCCCUCCCCGCCGGCAGCAGGGAGCUGGCGGGGGAAUCGCGAGGCGGGACGGGCUGCAGCACGGGGUGUCCCCGCAGCCGCAGCACGAAGGCGCCCGGCGCUGCUCCGCUCCUCGCCCCGCUGCGCCCCGUGGGGUGGUUCCGUGCCGGUGGGUUUUCAGAUGUCCGGCACCUGCCCGGUAAGGGAGCGCUGCAGGAGCCUUCUCUCCUCGGCACACAGCUGCGGGACCCUCCGAGCGGCACGGGCUGUGUCUUCGCGGCCGCUUUUCAGAAAGGCUUCGCUCAGUCCCACAGUUCUUGGAGCGGUUUCAGAAGUAAAGGUUCUGGCUGAAGAGACCGUACGGGAGAACAAAGACAACGGAGCAGUGAAAAAGGCAAAAUGAUUUCUGAUGGUGACAAAGGGCAGAGCCUGGGGAAGGCUUCCAAAUCCUCGCACAGAGGUUGCCCUGGGAAGUGCUUGGGAGACCCUGGGUUGGAAUUGCGCGCCCCUGAACAGGUGAAAGGAAGAUAGCGUGCUCCCAUGCCCCCUGUGCAGAAGCUGGGUUUCCUUUCUUUCCAUUCUUUUCUGCCACUUAGUUUGCUCAUCUGAGUCUCUGGGCAGCAAAAUAUCACACUGACUGCCUGUGAAACUCUGGGCUCCGUUUAGUGACCAUUGCAGAGGAACUGUGUAGUGACAGCUGUUGGAAAUUAUUUGCACUGAGGGUAACCGACCAGACUACAAAAAGUCUCUAAGCAUGGUACUAUAUGGUAACAUAGGGUUUCUUGUCUGUUCCCUUAUCUGGGAUCUUUGUCAUACAUGGUUCCCCAGAUAUAAGACUCCACAGGUUAAGAAAUACAUAUUCUGCCUCUCUAGAGAUUUCAUUAGCUCCAGUUGCUCUGCUCAGAGAUCUGCUAUACUGCAUUAUGUAAGAUUACUCAUGUAAGUCUAAUUAGAAUACCGCUUUCUUAAAUCGUCCUACAAUUUUAGUCCAAUCAAAUUAAAAUCCAGUCCUUUUCCAUCAAAUGUCAGUGACAGAAUUUCCUCUUAUUUCAGUAAGAACAGAAGUUGGACCCUAAAAGGUGUAUUUAAAUAGUGAAGUUGGAUCCAGAGCUCAUUAAAACCAAAGCAAGGUUUGCCAGGGAUUUCAGUGUGAGCAAGACUGGCAUUGAGAAUUUUGCAUGAAACUGAACAUCAGCAUGACACCAGUGCAUAAUUAGUUGAAAAAAUACUUUAGUUAGGUAACUGAACCUGAUUCUUGGAGUCUCUUCCAGCAAAGAAUCACUCAUUCUUAGAAAUGUCCCAAGAGACUUGCUAAGUUUUUACCUAAGCUUUCAUUAAAGUCUUUACAUUCCAAUAGUACGACACUGAUAUUUUUCAUGUGUAGCUUCUCCUACAUGGUUUUAACACUUUCAGAGUUUAUUUUUAAGUUUGAAAAUGACUGUGUUGGGGUAAGAUAAGAUCAGCAAUUGCAUUCAGUUGUGAGAAUAGGAAAAGAAUCCUCUAAAUGGUAGCACUGAUUUAAAUAUAGAUGUAUGCGUAUAUAUUACAUGCGCAUGUGUGUAUAUACCUGCUAUUAAAUUAACAUCAUUGUCUUUGGUUAAAAUGUUUGAUUUGGGCAAUAUUUAAUGUACUAAUUUAAUUUUUCCAAGUUGGCAUUUUUUUUCUUCUCCAUUUCUCAAGUUGGCCAAAAAAUCAACAACUAAUGUAUUAUGCUGGGUUGUGCGAUUUGACUCUAUUUGUUCUUCCAUAAUUAUAGCUUAGCCAUGUUCAAAGUAUGUGGAUAUAGAUAAAAACAGGGCUGAGAUGUGAAAAAAGCACAAGUGAAAAAAAAUAUUGUGUGGUUUCUAUAUUUUCCCCACAAGCACAAAUUGUUGAGUAAGGAGAUUUUCAAAAGCCAGAAAUUGCUAUGAAGAAAACCAAAGCUGGAAUCCAGUGCUAGGGGAGGCUGCAUCUGGCAGAACAAAGUUUGGAAAGAGAUUUUGCUUUCAAUGGGACCCUGUGUUUCCCCACAACGUAGCAUAUGUCAUCUGUAAAAACAACGCUUUCAUGGAUGAGAUACAAUCACUGCUAAAAUCAACCUCAAAAUUAGGAAGCACCUACACAACGCUCUCAGCCAGUUCCUUUGGUUUCCUUACCUGUUUGCUGAGGAGGAUAAAGCCACGAACGCAGAGAAUUCCUAACUUCAUCAUUUUAAGAGGAUGCGUCUCAGAUACGAUGUUACCAAGAAACUGACAGUGAGAAAGUGGGAAGUUUAAAGUGUAACCCUUUUUCUGUAGGCUAAGAUUGCUGCCAGAAACUGAAAAUAUGAUUCAUAUGACAGCUCCCUCUCUACCCUGCUUAAAUUGUGUAACAUCUGAGGGGUUAGUAAUCUGCAAUCUGUUUUUUUUUCCCUUUAGAGAGUUAGAAGGUCUCAUACUGUAAAGCGCAAAAUUGGGAAAGUUCUAUUUCUGUGUAUUGGGAAAAAAAAUCAGUCUCUGUUUGAAAUGCCAAACCUCCAGACUGUUAAAUGAUAGAAGGCUUCAAAUCCAUCAUUAGUUUUAGCACUGUGAUGGUGUGAUAAUAAGGUCUUUCAUGCUGAUAUUUUCAUCAAAAUCAUCAUGGUUUGAGUUGAACUGAACCUGGGAAUGCUGCAGUGAAGCUCAGCUCCCAUGGCCCUGUUAGAGAGACACUUGCAUCAGUUCAGUAAUGUCUCUCGAUUUACAGUUGGUGUGCUGGUACAUAAAUCCACAGGGGAAACUUCACCACUGACUGUUCAAAGAAGUUUGCUUGGGUCUAGCCCAUAAAUUAGAGCUUUAAACUUCAGUGCAGCCAUUUGAUCAAUCACUGAAAAAGUUCCCCAUGGUUUCUUCUGCACUGACGUGAAGCGCUGUCAAACAUGUGACAUUUGGGUCUUGUCCACAUCAAAGAGCUUUUGCCCCUAUACUCUGGGAUCAACUUAUACACCCAGCUCCCCACUGAGAGAAACGCAUUUACCUGGGUCAUGCUCUUACGGAAGCCACAGGUGCUGGACACUGGCAGGUUAUGGCUUUUAAGUGUCUCUUCUCACCUGUUAAUACAAAAUCACAAUUACGCUUUUUAAGCUUUUCAGAGAUUUUUCAGAGAAGAGCUCAGUUUUCCUAGUUAGUUUUGCUGUAAAAAAAAACCCUAAGUUUUGUUAAUUUUGAGUAGCACAAGUCCCGUUAUUCGAUUAUGCAGUGUGUAGGUUGAAUGUCAACUUUGAUUUCGGCAUCUGUCGGCUGUGUUUAGGGGAGCUGGAACACAUCAAAACUUGGCUGAUGUUGACAGGCAAAACAGUAGACUGAAAUUUCAGGCUAUCUAGAAACCACACCCAGACCCCAAAACACAUGUUAGAAGUAACUUUAAUUCUCUGCUUCAGCUGAACAAGUAGCCUUUUUCUGUGGUCACUUGUGAUUCUAAGUUAAAUGUGUGCGUAUUUCUGGUGUCGAAUGUGUAUCAGUUUACCACCUUUGCACAGAACAUGGUUGGUUGUUUUUUCUCCUGAGGAUACCCUCUGUUAUGAGUGCUUUUGAAUGCCCUUCUCAUCCUUGGCUUUGCAUGGGCCAAGUAGCUUCAGAAUAUUAGAUCCCAUUAGAUCCUGUUUUUAUUACUAUAAACAGUAUCCUUGCAGCAGUGCCAAGACUCCUAUUGUGUUAGGUGCUAAAUAAGGAGAGAACAAAAGGAUCGCUCUCACUUUAGAGGGUUUAUAAUCUAAUUUCCUGGGCUUAUGUUUCCAGCAGUGAGUUGCAGGGAUGUACUGGGGUUCCCAGCUGCGUCCAGCAGUAGAACCUAUUGCAGUUGUUUAUAUCUUUAUGUGCCUAAAUGCCUCGGUUCAUCUGGCAUGAAUUUCUGAAGCCACGGAGGCGAUCUUGAUGAGGAGGAUGGCGAACAAUGAGCUUACACAGGAGAACAGCUGUCUCCCGUGGGAGCUGGGGACCGGGAGCGCUCCAUGGCAGUGGGAGACUGAAAGGCCGCUCUCAGCAUCCCGCCAGCUCCCUGCCAAGAGCGGGUUAUUCCCUGCUGUACUAAAGCUUUGUUCAAUCCCUCAAAAUCCUGCCAAGCAAGUGGACUUGUGCUGCCUACUGGAUUGUGCCUCAAGAAGUUCACACUGAUAUACAAGGCACAUUUUUUUCUCUCUUCAUUCACUCCCAACAGAACCUCUUUAUUCGUUGUAAGGAAUUCCUUCCCUUCCUUGGUGUUUAUGCUUUGUGAAUAUUUAUAGGCUGUUAUCAUGUCCAUCUCUCUCCCUAGUUGUCACUCAGCCAGGCUACAUGUGCUCUGCUCUUUUAAUUCUUGCUUCGUAACUCAAUCUCUCCCACCCCCUAAUCAUGUUCUGUUGUUCUACUCUCAGCUCCUGCCAGUUCCAGUUGCUCAUUUUGCUUGGGGGGAAUGCUAUAUUUAUGUUAAUAUUAUGUGGUGGGUGGUCCUCUCUGUGCUUAUGGUCCAUGUGAGUGAUUUAGAUGUUUAAAAUGAGGUUGGCAUUUUAUAGCCAAGCCAUUGCCUGAUUACCAGUUCCACUCUUCAAAGCACUCUGGGAGAAAAUAUGCUUAGCCAUCACUAUUAAAUGUGGCCACAAUAGCCACUGGUAAAGUGCCUGUGCAGGGGCUGGAGGGUAUUGCCCAAGCUCCAUGGAUGCACCAUAGAUUCAAAAUGAUGAUGUGCCAUUAAUUUCAAAACUGUAUUCUCUAAUGAGUUUCCAUCUCAUCUAACUUAAGGCAGAUAGAUGUCUUACUUCCCAUUUGGUUAGAACAUGAAUUCUGGUUAGAAUUUAACUGAGUCACGGUUUUACCCCUGGGGUAUUGUUCAGCACGGGGCUGAGUUGGUUUGCUUUUGUUUCUCCAGCUGCUGUCAGCCAUCUCUCACUGUCCAGGUGUCUCACUGUGAUCUCACCCGUGUCACCAAAACCAAAUUGAAGUUCUCAUCAAUGUUCAAGGAAGAAAAAGUUCAAGCAUUUCCUUUCAUCCUUCAGUGUCUUUUGCCUUUUCCUUCUGUUUCUCAGUGCCAGACACCUGUGGCGGUACUGCUCAGGGUUUAACACAGGUCACGAUGUGUUCAUGCUGCCUGAACCCAUUUGCAUUUUUUGUGACUUACUGAAGCCAAAAAAGAAGGCACGUAGCAGUUAUCCCAUUAGCUUGCACCUCUGCUCGUUAACCCUCAGUGCUCUGGCUGCCAGUUCCUGUGGCUUGGGCUGGUAGAGCAGUGGCGGCAGGCAGGCUCCUGGCUGUGUGCAGGCCGCUGCUGCCUGCGAGGGCCAUGUGGUGCUGCUCAGCUGUUUUUGAGUAAGUCUUUUGACACAGGCUGGUCUAGGUGAGGAAUAGCAUGAGUCUCCUCUUCCUGAGGCUGCCCGAUACUGACUGAGUGGUGGGAGGAAGGAGCGAGAGGUGGCGUGGGGCAGCAGGGCCUGUGUCUGUCAGGGCAGUGAGCACGCAGCGGGAAGGGCUCUGCUGUGACUGAAAAGCGUGGCACCAUGAUCGACGUUAACUGCAGGAGAUCUCCUGGGAAUAUGUACUUGCAUCUGCCACCAGAGCUUUUAUUUCUCAUGCUGCCAUAGUCCUCUAUGCCAACUGCAGUGAGGCAUGCUUUGUUUGCUCCAUCUGGGGAGAGAACAUGCCAUAUCCCAUUUCUCCUUUGUAUUCCUUCUUUCAGUGGAGUAUUCAUGCCAGUUUAUGGGGAAGGGCACUUUCUGAGUAAGGUCCUGACGCUGUGUUGUUACAGUCAUGGGAUCUUUCCUAUUUAUGACUCCAAUGAAAGUGGGAUUGAGCCCUGCAAUCCUAUUUACAAUGUCAGGUCUGGUUUUCUUCUUCAGCGUAAACAGCCAGAGAGAGCAGUUUUAAGAGCCUUUUUAUUUAAAUGUAGUUUAUACUGAAGAAGAUCUUUGACAAGCAGGAGAGAAUAUCUUCUCCCUUCUCCCUUUCCCUCCUACAAAUUCCAUCUGUCUUGUCAUCUAUCCCUGGACAUGACACUUACAGGAGAAAUAAAUGGUUCCAUGUUUCCAAGAGCAAAAUAUUUACUUCUCUAGUGCCUUAAAAACCUCUAGACAGCUCACCACAAGUGCUCCACUAUUUUAAUUGUGGACGUGACACAAAUCAGACAAUGAUCACAGCCACAGAAGACAGGCUAAAGCCAUACAAUACAGUGUUUUCCAGUAUGCUUGAAGUUAUGUGGUGAAUUUAUGUUUCAAAAAGUUCUUUAAAAUCCUGAGCUGCUUGGGACUUCUGAGUGAGCUGAGUUCCCUCUUAGGAUCUGCAGAAUGUCAUAUGUGGUUAUGCUCUGUUCUGCACAAGGGGAUGCUCUGCAAUGACAGCUAACAUAUCUAAUAUGCUUAUUGUGCCACUCUUCAAAGAAUACGAAGAAACAUCUAAUGAAUUCAAAGCAUUUUGCAAGUAGCACAGACUGAGCAUCAGGCUAGUGAAACAGCUCUGUAUUUGCCCAUUUUACUGAAAAAUAAGAGAUGAAUAAUAGAAAUACUUUUCCAGAAGCCAAACAGAACUCCAGUGAAAGCACUGGCAUCGUCCCUCAACCACUUGACCACAUUCUGGCUACAAUUCAGGGAGCCAUUACUAAUCAGGAAAAAUGCUCAUGAACUGGCUUAAUUUGGAGCUCAUGCUUAAGUUUCACUGAAACCAAUUAGACUUAAGCAUGUGCUUAAGUCUUGUCCAGAACUGGGCUCAGUUUGAAGGUAAGCAAAAAUGCAAAGUUGUGCAGUGAUACACUAUUCCACCCCCAGUGGGUUAUAUUUAAGUUUUAGAACUUUAUAAUAUCAUAAAAUAAAAUAUAUCUCUUCCCACAGAGUUGUUCUCUUGGGAAUGCCUUAUUCUGAGUGAAUAAAAAGCACCACUGACUUAAUCUCCACACAAAUGCAGAAGAAAUUGAUUUGCUCAAUACAGACAUUUUUCCUUUUGAAAGAAUGCUUAUUCCUUUAGUGGCUAACCCGAAAUCCAUUCUGCAUGCUCUCAGGAGAGAAAAAUGCUAAGGAAACACUGUUUUGCUCUGUUAAUGAAGUCUGUGUGGAUAAGUACAAUUUACUUAAGCAGAAUAUAUUGAUAAGUUUCUUAUCAUCCAUUUCAUUCCAGUCUGCACAUUCCUCAGAAAAUGUCAAAGGUUUUAGGUCAUCUCUAAAUGAAGAAAUGUGUAAUGCUCCAUGACUUCAGGCACUGAUCUUAUCCCCAUUAAUGGGUGACUAACUGAAACAUUAGAUUUAUAAAUGGAAAUAAUAAAUUUUGGCCAUAGGAGGCAAUAACAUAACAGAUUAAGCAAUCUAGCUCUGGAGAAGAGUUCAUCUCAGUAACUAAUUUGGUGCAAACUCUAAUGUAUGCAUUUUCUCCUCCAUUUAUAAAGGAACAGAUGUGUGACUCAACUUUGCUUUUUUCCAAAGUCAAUCUGCAUGGAGGAACACAAACAAGGUUUGUUUCCAACGAGGCAUAUUGCAGUAUUUCUCUCCUGGAUGGUAUUUUUUUCCUUCAAAAUGGAGAAAUGGAUCUGAAUCUGCAGCAUAGAGUACUUCUGUAGCACAGCUCCUGUGGCAGGUUCUCAUUUCAGGCUUGGCCAUUGCCUAGGAAUCUUUCGUCCUAAUUUUACCAAGAAUUUACUUUGCGUAGGAAUUUCCAGUUCUGCCUUUCUAUCAUUUGAUGCUGUGGGUCUGAUUUUUCUAAGAGUUGCUUAUACAAAUGAGUGUAUGGAAUACUUGAUUAGUGUUUGCUACUGCAGUUGUCUCAAGACUUGGUUCAGUUUCUGCUGAUUCCAGGGAUCAGCCUGGCGUUCCUAAUUGCUUGAGUACUUGUGCAGCCCUCCUGCCUGGAGACCUUGGGCCAGUGCUUUGGAUGCAGCACGCACCAGAAAGCUGGAAAAAGAUCCUGUUGUGUCUAGCUGCUGCACUGAGGAGCCCUCUGGAAACGCUUGUGGUUAAUCAAUACAGACAGACAGGAUAACGAGAGAGUGGAAGAGAUCACAGUUGGGGAUUUUUUUUAGAUUUUCCUAUGAAUGAGUAUUUUUGUCUUGAAGAUGAAUUGUCAUUAAUUCCUCCUCCCUCCCAAGAACCUUAUAAAGCAGUCAGCUUGUGUCUCUCUUAAGAUGGAGAGAGGAGCUGCUCUGACGUGCAUCCCCAAGGGCUGAGUAACAGAGUGACACAUGAGUGACAGCCACUUUAUGCUGCUCUUGGAAUCAAAAUGUGCCCUAACUACAGAUUUUAGGUCUGGAACUGAACUUUUCCAAGUUGAAACACUGUUUGGAUCUGGUGGAGCUGGGCUGGAGUAUAUGAGAGAGAAAAGCAGCCACAAAAUUUGGAUACAAGCCAGUAGCUUUCGGUUUGAGGAUGCAUUCAGCUUGGAGUCUUGUGUACAGUUAAGUAAGAUAAAAUCCCUAGGAAUUCCCAUCAUGUCAAAUAUUUACGUUCUGGAGGUUUUUUAUUUUUUCUUUUCUUCUCUCUCUCUCUUUUUUUUUUUCCCCCAUGGAGUUUGAUCCUGAUUAUAAAAAUUCCCUUUCCUAUUGAAUGUGUCAAAAUCUUGUGAUCAUGUUGCCACAGUGUCUGUGCUCUCAAAUAAUGCAGACUUUUAGUGUCUCUGCCAAAAGCAGCAAUAAGGGUUCAGUCAAACACUGAGGCUUCUGCCGCAAUAAACACACACACACAGCAGUUAGCAAGUUCAGCACGGGGCUAUAUUCUCUGCUGUUAUUUCGGUAUAACUAUAGACUGCACCAACACCUCCAGAGCCCUUCUGUGGUUGUAAGCAAGAGCAAAUUUGGCCCGUAUGGUCUGUUACCUCUAAUCCAAAUACAGUUAUUUGUAUAGUUUAUCGUUUUCUCUAAGAUAAUUAUUUCAUAUGUGUUUUAAGUGUAAUUCAGUCUGGACUGUCCUUUAACUGAAAGACCUCCAAAAGCUUUGCCAGUAAUUAGGCCUCGUGCUAGCAUGGGCAGCUGGAGCUUGGCAUAUUCUGCGGCUGAGUGAGAAAGCAGCAGGAGUGGGGCUCCUCAGAGCACAGUUCUGGCAGCAGUGGGCGAGAGCGCAGAACCAAACGGUGCCAUCUGAUGGGUACCCAUGGAGGUACCAGGCUGCAAUCUUAACCAGUAGCCAGAGCUUUGCUGUUCAGGUUUGUCUCGUUCUCAUGUGAGGGCUCACAGAACUGCUUUUUAGGAAGCACAAUGCAGUGCAAGCAAUUGAGAAGGAGCAGGCUAUCCCUAGCCAGGGAUAGCCUGUCAGGCUCUUUACAGAUGAUUAAAACAGAACAAUUGUGAGUCUGCUCCAGAAAGACCCCUCAGCACCAAUAAUGUGUCUUUCCAGCUAGUUCCUGCACUCCAGCGCGUGGUGAGGUAACAGAACAUCCGCAGCGGUUUCACUGCCUUUGGGUAGGUCGGCUGCUUCUGUUACUGCUCCCCUGCUCAGCUGAGGCUUUGCGUUCCGUGUGGUUAUUCCCUGUGGUCAUUCCAGGCUCUGUGUGCUAACAUCUGCGCACAUUUUGAAGGCGCUGUUCCUGUGAUGUGUAAAACCUUCGCUCUGUAGAGAAGUGACUCUGAAUUUGUGCAUCAGACUAAGUCUUAAGUUACACAGUAUUAGAUAACACACAAUUUAUGUACUGUAUAAAAUACAAUUUGAGUGGAAAUCUCUCUGCCAAAUGUUGAGGAGUCCCCGACUUGCACAACACCAGUUGAAUUACUGAGCUGCCAUUUGCCUGGGUGUAGGGCGUGUACACAGUGGUGGCAAACCUGAAGCUGAAGGAUGCUGGAGAUGUUAGCAGGGAUUCAAUUCUGUGUGCAAAGAGGAGGCUCCUUCGGAAUAAAUCGGCUACUGGGAGUCGAGGAGCCUCCCCCCAGCUCUGCAUCCAGCCCUGGGUGUUUGUAUUUGUGUUACAUCAGGGAACUGUGCUGAGUUGCUCAGCAGCCUGCGUGUAGCCUUGCCUAUGGCAGAUCUGCAUUACAAAGAUCCCCGUGGUCCUAUCCCCUUGAUCAAGGAGGGGAACGGAUUCUGUGUGCCUAAGCCAUACGAGUUGGCUUGAGAAUCUCCAUCACAAGGCGCAGAGCCAGCCCCGGCUGGGCUGCUAACGGCGGCUGUAGGGUGGGCACGUGUGGGGCCGGGAACAGCGGUGUGGAUGUGGGAGCUUCGCUGGGCCUUCGUUUCAGGUUGCUGCGAAGAGGCAAAUCCCGCCUUUCUUCCUGAGGUGAACUCACCAGGAGGGCGGCAGGAGUUUGCCUAAGAGUGAAUAACACAUAGGAAUAUACAUAUAUAUUUAUGUGUGCGCAGGCAAAGGUCCUCAGGAUUUAACGGAGUGCUCACACGUUCCCAUAGCCAAUAACAUCCGUUGUUAUGGGAAAUGAGGUAAGUGACAGAAGUACUGUCCUUAUGGCGGGCGACAGGCGGGCCGCCGUUCCCAUGCCGUAAUUCCCACUCCGGUUUCUGCUGCCGCAAUGGCUUCGGAGCGAGCGGGAACAAAGGACGGCGGCUGCGCCCAAGGUCCGAGCUUGGGCUUCAGGUACUGGAGCUGGGAGCCUACAAUAGCGGGGCCCUGCGGUGCGCGUGUGCGCGUGGGUAUGCGCGCGUGUGUGCGGGUGCAGCCGCGCGGCGCUGACCGUCUCCCCCCCUUCUCUCCCCCGCCCCGCGCAGUGUGCGCGGCCGCGGAGCGCUCGCUGCGCUGGGAGCCGCGGUGCCGGCAGCAGCUCCGCCACCUGCAGGACGGCGCCAGGAUCGCGGCCCGGCUCCCGCCCCGCCUGGAGGGCCACUGGGUCUCCACCGGGUGCGAGGUGCGGCCGGGGCCGGAGUUCCUCACCCGCUCCUACCUUUUCUACGCCAACCGCCUCUUCAAGGCCUUCCAGUUCUACUACUGGGACCCCUCCUGCCAUGAGCCCUCCUACUCGCUGGUCAUCAAGGGCAAGCUGCGGCUGCGCCAGGCCUCCUGGAUCACCCGAGGGGCCACCGAGGCCGACUACCACCUGCACAAGGUCGGCAUCGUUUUCCACAGCCAGAAGGCCAUGCAGGAGGUGGCCUCUCGGAUCAACCAAAGCUCGGGUGAGGGCUGCGGCGGGUUCCUGCCCCCGGGCCGUGCCUGGGCCCCCGGAACCCUCUAUGAACUGCUGAGCGCCAAAACCGAGCGUGACUGCACCGCGGCCCUGGGCUUCGCCAUGCACGAGCUGAGCCUGGUGCGGGUGGAGAGGCACCAGCAGCCCCUGCCAGGGCCGCAGCAGAGCGGCAGCAGCCUGGUGGAGGAGCUGUACCUGGGGGACAUCCACACGGACUGGCUGGAGCGGCUGCACUACCGCCCGACGGGCUACCAGCGCCCGCUGCAGAGCGCUGUGCACCACGUGCAUCCCUGCCCGGCGUGCGGGGCUAUCUACAGAGCUGACGAGCACCACCCGCCCAUCCUGCCCGCCCGCGCCGAGCUGCCGGUGCAGCUGAGCGGCAGCUGGGUGAGCACCCGCUGCGAGGUGCGCCCCGCCGUGCUCUUCCUCACCCGGUACUUCAUCUUCCAUGGCAGCAACCACACCUGGCAGGGCUACUACUACCACUACUCUGACCCGCUCUGCAAGCAGCCCACUUUCACCAUUUAUGCAUCUGGGCGUUACACCCAGGGCGUCCCCUCCUCCAAGGUGAGAGGGGGCAUGGAGCUGGCCUUCAAAGUCACGCACGCACGGGUGACGCCCAUGGACCAGGUGACGGUGAUGAUGCUGAACUCCUCCGAGCCGGGGAGCUGCGGGCUGGCAAGCUCCUGGAGCGCUGGCGUGGAGCAGGAUAUAACACCGACCAACGGCUGCUUGGCUUUGGGCAUCAGGCUGCCCCACACGGAGUACGAGCUCUUCAGAACGGAGCACGACUCCAAGGAGCGCAGCCUGCUGUACAUUGGCGAGAGGCCCACGGAUGGAUCCAGCCCUGACCGCCCCGACAAACGGCCCACGUCCUACCAGGCACCCCUGGUUCAGUGCGCGGGUGCGUCAGAAGAGUUCCCUAACUACUUUAGUCUGAAGUAUGUGGGGAAAAAAGUUGCUAAUGGCAGUGAAGAACUAAAACCUUUGCCUGCGGCCCUCUUACUGUUGAUAGCACUGCAGUUGUUAAGAUGGGACUAGCUCUCUAUUCAGGUACAGCGCAGAACCCAGAUAGUUUUGGUGCUAGCAUGAUUUUUGUAACCUCCAACUGAGCGCAUCUGGAACCAGUUUUACUUAGACUUGGAAACACUUUAAAAGAAAAAAAAAGGCAAACAAACAAAGAACAGUGAACAAAGCCAAGAAGAUGUGCCUGACCACGUACUGUCUGUGCAGCAGCUUCAUUGCCUCAUCGCCCCUCGUCUUUGCAUACCAAUGUGAUGUAGUGACAUGGAUGCACUGCACAUUGCAAUAAGUACUUCAGCAAUAUGAGGGGAAAAGGAGCAACAUCAAUUGCAAUUGAUGCUUUGAGCUUUUGGCACUGCUAAGAUUUAAUCAGGAGCUUAGUUCAGAUGUAAUUCAAACAUCCAGAGAGUCAGCUGCUGAAUUUCUUUGAGGUUAAGCUCCCUCCACCAUAGUUCUUAUUGCUGUUUGUGCAAAUUUGAUCUGCAGUGUCCGUCAGCACCAGAUACGGUGUCAGCAAGUGCUCUCACUAAGGAUACAGCUAAUCACGCUUCUCAGUUUACAGAUGUUUUCUGCAGUUUUCACAUGUACAUACAUGUGGAGAUGCAAAGCAGUAGCCCCAGAGCAUCACCUGACAGACUGCUACACAUGACUCUGGUCCUAAGAAAAGAUACAACACAGUAAAUGGAAAAGGCUCCUGUGCACGGCGGUGCCAACUCCCAGCGUUACGUAGCUGCAGAUGCUGCAUUCUUGCUGCACUAUUUUGGCACUGUCAGUAGCAGCUCCCACUCACAGGCAGUGAGCAAAGCAAAAGAUCACUCACAGGUCUUCUCAGGCCAUAUAUUUUCACUGUCUCCUCUUCUAAGUGCAUUGGCUGUUAAUCCAGCUGUCGUAUCAAUCAGACUGUCACUGCCAGCCCCGUCCACGUGAAGAUGGUUUAUAGAUCUGCCUGCAGUGAACAAUGGGCUGAGGGGAUGACUCUGAGCAGUGCCAGCAAGCCAUGCAGAGCUCUGCUGGUGAGAAGGACAAAGUAAGGAAUUAUGUUCCCUUGUCUGCUGCAGCCAAGAUGCAUAUAACUUACCUGGGAAGACCCCUUCCCAGUAGCUAAAUCCCCUCCAAAUAAGCCUAUAUAUCUUACAAAGGAUAUUUUUGUUAAACCAGCUAUGCAAUAGCUACCUUCUUAAUGCUGUUUUUACAAACUUUGCAGCUUGUACUUAAAUAAUUUAUGGGUUUUAUAGCGUCAAAAUACUUUAUGGGGAACUGUACAUUAAUAAUUCAAAUGAGAUGCUUAUUAAAUGCAUACAAUUGUGACAUAAA